GUUCUGUCGUCGUCUGUCUGUCUGCCAUUGUAAAAUGGACCCAGUUAUAGGGUUCUAAUUAAAUUCUUGAUAAUUUUCUUCUGUUUUCAGUAAAUAAGUUUAUAAUUUCUUCAAAAUGAGCGUUUUCAAAUCAGCUAUGGGUUACUUUAGUUCGGGGGGUGCUAAUGGAAGUAAUGAUAAUGAUUUCAUUGGUCAAUUUGUUGAAAUUGGAAAUAUGAAAUUAAGAGUAAAGAAGGUGAUAGCAGAGGGUGGUUUUGCCUUUGUGUUUGUUGCUCAAGAUGUGUCUACUGGCACAGAGUAUGCUUUAAAGAGGCUCAUGGCUGCUGAUGAACAAGCCAAUAAGAAUAUAAUUCAAGAAAUUAGCAUAUUAAAAAAGUUGUCUGGCCAUCCUAAUGUAAUAAAGUACAUAGCAGCUUCCUUUAUUGAUAAAACAAAAACGGCACAUGGCAUGGGAGAAUAUUUGUUAUUGACGGACCUCUGUAGCGGCGGAAGUCUGAUGGAGGCGUUGCAGAAUAGGGGUCAGGCCUUCCCAUUGCCGACCAUUUUGAGGGUAUUCUAUCAAACAUGCCGUGCAGUGCAACAUAUGCAUGCUCAAGUUCCUCCUAUAGCUCACCGUGAUCUCAAACUAGAGAAUUUCCUAAUAUCGAAUGAAGGUACUAUAAAGUUAUGUGAUUUUGGCUCUGCCACUACUGAUGUUUAUACACCCAAUCCUUCAUGGAGUGCUAAUCAAAGAAAUAUGUUAGAAGAAAAUUUAGCCCAAUUUACUACCCCAAUGUAUAGAGCUCCUGAAAUGUUAGACACAUGGGAUAAUCGUAAAAUUGAUCAUUCGGUAGAUAUAUGGGCAUUGGGGUGCAUAAUAUACACCCUAUGUUUCAUGCAGCACCCAUUUGAAGAUUCCGCCAAACUGGCUAUUUUGAAUGGAAACUACAACUUGAAUCCAAACGAUCAACGUUAUAAAUGUUUUCAUGAUAUAAUAACUGGAUGCCUUACAGUAAAUCCCGAAGAGCGGUUAACCAUAAACAGUGUGCUGGAACGAUUGGCGGCAAUAGCGGAGUCCAACAACGUCAAUCUCAAGCAACCACUCAAAUUUGAGCGUAAAAAAGUUGAACAAUCUGUGGCCACUAGCUCGCCAGCCAACAAGGACCCAGUGUCGGACAGUCAAGAAAUGCCGAACUCGCGGCCGCCGGAGCCAAGCCGGCCUCCGCCUCCUUCGAGGCCCCCGCCCGUAGCACAGUACCAACCACCACCUCAGCAAUCUGCCACCUCUGGCGGUCUGUUUUCGUCGAUCAAAGGAGGCGCUGGAAGCUUCCUGAAGAACUUGAAAGAUACCUCUUCAAAAGUCAUGCAGACCGUCCAACAGUCAAUAGCAAGGACAGAUUUGGAUAUAUCGUACAUAACUAGUCGUAUUAUAGUAAUGCCGUACCCCUCUGAAGGCUUGGAGAGUGCCUACAAAACUAAUCAUAUUGACGAUGUGAAGGCUUAUUUGGAAAGCCGUCACCCCGGCGGUAAAUACUGCGUGUACAACGCGUGUCGCGGGGCUCGCUUACACUUCCCUCGUCACGUGCUCGUCACGGACGCGUGUCGAACUCUGUGGCCCACGGCGUCUCACAGAGCGCCACUGUUGGCCCCAUUCUAUGCUCUCUUACAACAGAUGUACCAGUACCUUGGAAAGGACGAGAAGAGCGCUGUUGUUAUUACUUGCCAGGAUGGCAAAGAUAUGUCUUGUGUGUUACUUUGCGGUCUGCUUUUGUACGCAAAACUGGUGACUGUGCCCGAAGAUGCUCUGCAGAUAUUCGCCGUUAAACGGUCACCCAUCCACAUAGCACCUGCCCAACUGAGAUACCUAUACUACCUUUCUAAUAUAAUCAGACAAAACCCCAAACUGCCACAUUUCAGACCAGUGAGUUUGAUUUCAUUGACAAUACAGCCAGUUCCACUAUUCACCAAAGCGAGAGACGGAUGUAGACCUUAUGUGGAAAUAUAUAAUGAGGAUAGAUUACUAUUGUCUACGAUGCAGGAUUACGACAGACUUCAUAUGUACACGAUAGCUGAAGGGAAGGUGUCCCUGCCCCUGGACACGACCGUGGUAGGGGACGUAUGCGUUAGCGUUUAUCACGCGCGCCAACAGUUGGGGCGCGCGCACGCCGUACCCGUGUUCUCAGUCAGCUUUCACACGGGAUACUUACCGCCUGAUCAACACGCCAUCAAGUUCAAUAGGUCAGAAAUAGACGGCAUCGACGAAUCACUACCGGUGAAUGACCAUUUCUCUGCAAACACUACCGCCGUGAUCAGUCUAGUGGUACAGAAUGGGGAGAGGCGGAAACCGCGCAGCGACUUGUGGGAAGAUGACCAUUCGUACCCGAUACGGACGCCGGACGUUCUCUUUUCCACUGAUCUAGAAAAAUACGAGACCAUAGACAACUUCGCUAACUUGCGAGGACGGGACGCCGCACAUCCAAUGACUGUAGACAACCAUAUACCACAAGAGGCAGAGAAACAACCACCCAGCAGGCCUCCGCCUCCAAGACCUGAGCCCGCCGCACCCACUGCUGACUUUUUAAACCUCGCCAAUCAAAGUCAGAAGGAACCGGUACCAAAGACGGAAAGCAAAAAGCUUAAGAACGAAGAUUCCUUUGACUUCUUCGGCAUGAUGGAGAAGAAAGCUGAUGAGUUCGGCGAUUUCCUGAGCGGAAAGAGCGCGAAUGAGCCACAGCAGCCGUUCUCUACGGAGUCGAUGUUCGGCGACUUACCGCCGCCACCGACGGAACAAACAGAAAAGCCAUCCGCCGGCAACAACGAUUUCAACUUCGAUCCGUUUGGCCUCAACGAUCCGCUGCCCAAGCAAGAGAAUCUGCUUACGCCGCAACUCUUUAAAGAUGACGGUCGGCCUGAAAGCGUUCCUUUAGAGCAAGCGCAACCGACGAAGAAGGACCCGUUCGAAGACCUCGGUUUACUCGGGGCCAAUAUUCCUUCCACCACUGCCCCGCCUACGGGGACAAUGCCACCGCCGGGGACAGUCCCCUCGGGGAUAAUACCACCACCAGGGUCACUGGGAACCACUCCGCUAGUGACCCCUCGUGCGUCACCGGCUCAUACUCCUGCGCAUCAAACGCAUACGCCGGCCAGAUCUCCCGCCCACCAACCGGACUAUAGUCGCACACACUUCGAGCCGGCCAAAACACCAGCUGAGGACAAGCCCAAGAAACCUAUGGACGUGUUUGGCGAUUUACUCGGCAGCCAGGGUUACGAGUUCGCCAAUAAACGGGACACCGGCAUUAAGACACUAAACGCUAUGCGCAAAGAGGAAAUGGCUAAAGACAUGGACCCGGAGAAACUGAAAAUACAUGAUUGGACCGAAGGCAAGAAAGCUAACAUUCGCGCGUUGCUAUGCUCCCUGCACACGGUAGUGUGGGAGGAGUGCCGCUGGACUCGUUGCGACAUGUCUCAACUCGUCACUCCCGCCGACGUCAAACGGAACUACCGCAAGGCUUGCCUCGCCUGUCAUCCUGACAAGCAAAUGGGAACACCGAAUGAGAAUUUAGCGAAAAUGAUAUUUAUGGAGCUGAACAACGCUUGGAGCGACUUCGAAAACGACGCUAAGCAGCAAAAUCUGUUCCAAUAAACAAUGUUAUUAAUUCUUACUCACUGAAUAAAAAAGUAUAGUACUUUAGUAAUAUUGGAAUUUAAAAAAAAUCGUGACGGCCCACUGCAUGGACCAUUUAAAUUCUUACAAAGGUCAAAUUAAAGGAAUUUACUUAAGGACUACGAUUAAAACUAAAUGUUUUUGGUACCUAUCUAACCAUCACAUUAUAACACGAUUAGUUCAUUAGAGGGACGUUUGCAAGAUAUUUCAUUACUUUAAUUUCCAUGUGUAUAAAUAUAAAGUUUAAAAUAAAGCUUAACUUUUAUGACCUUAUCCCAAUGAAAUUCGGACGGAACAACUCCUUCAUAAAAUGUCAUACGGUCAUUGACACUUGCCAUAUAAAAGUUAAUUUUAUCAUUUAUCAACAGAUGUUAAAUAAUAAUAACGCACAUUUUCAACUAAUAAAAAAACCCAAGAUGCUAUAAUUAAAUGUACCAUUCCUAUAGUUACUUUUCUUUAUUAAAAUGUCAUUACUGAAAUUGGUCUCCGUUGUCCCCUUUUAUCAUAACCGUCCGAAUCGACUCAGUGAGUGUAAGUAUAAAACUUAACAAAAAGUUAUUAUAUCUAGUGAUAUAUUAUCUCGAUAUCGUAUUUUAUUUUUAAGAGAGCAGUUUGUUAGUUCACUUUGUGAUUCCGUAGCUUAGGCUGAUUUUUCGAAAUCAGCUUUUAUGUUUUCAUCAUUGAAAAAAUAACCUACAUUUUUAAAGCAGUCAGUUUCCUAGACUUCCCUACGCCUAAGACUGUCAUAAAUAUAAUAAGUUGAUGUAUUUCUUGGUGCAAUUGUUCAGCUUAAUUAGACAUUUUUAGAUCUAUACCUAUUAUUCUGACUUAUUGUAUUCCAUAGAUGUUUCAAAAUUGUUAUAGCUUGAGAUUGUUAAUAAGAGCAUUGAUGUGUUGUAUCGUUUUAUUGUAAACUGAUUAAGUGUAAUCAAUCUAGAUGAAAUAACUGGUGGUGCAAAAAGUAUUAAAAUUCUUUUGAGAGGAAUCAAAGCCCCAAUUUAUUUUAAUUAUAAUGUAGUCAUUGUUUUUUCGAUAUUUUAAAAUUAUCUUAAAGCAGCUUUGGCGCCAGGAGGGGGGGGGGGGGGGGUCAUAUAGUCGUGGUCAAGUCGAAGUGGGUACAGAUGGACCCAGCCCUUCAUGACCCCCAUGACUCCCCCCACCACCUGGAUCCGCCCUUGUCUUAAAAAAGGUCAUUAAAUGCCAAAUCCAUUUCAUUUUCUGUUUUAAAAUAAUAUUAGGUAUCAUAAUAUCAUUAUCUCUGUAUCUAAUUGCACGAUAGAGAAAGCCAUUACACCUUGAAUGUUUGAAAUGAAUUCGAUCUUCAAAUGAAUGAAUCAAAUAUCUAAGAAUAUUGUGGAAAAUUGUCGUCAGUGGCAAUUAAAGAUGUUUCAUAGUUUAAGGAUGAUUCACGCUACGGCGUGCCGGGCCCGAGCCGAGCAUCGGCCAAUUCACUUGGUUACUGCUCUGUAUAGCGUGAGUGUGUCCAUUUUAAAAUGUAUAUAGUUAGUUAACCGUGCGGCCAC